UAUUAAUUAUCAUUUAUAAACACUGAAAAUAUAUUUAAAAACGAAGAAAAAGGCUAAACAUAUUAUUUUACACUUUCACGAUUUAAAAUAUCGUUAUUAGAACAAAAUAAACACGAAAGGCAGUAAAACAUAAGAAUCAUACUUCUUUAAUUACGUUAUACCAUGAAGUAUAACCAUAUACCAAUCCAAAAUAUUUCAGAUACAAGAAAGUAGUAUUUAUAUUUGUAGCGAAAAGUAGUUUAAAGAGUUCUUCAUGUUUUGGGAUCAUGGAUACCGAAACGGACAUAUUAUGCAAGAAUUUGAGGAUAUAGAAAUACAUAAAACAAGCGUGUCCGUAUUUGUGGCGUUGUUUUACUUGGAAAUGUUGUAUAUUUUGAUUAUGACCUUGUCGAUUCUGAAUAGACUUAACCAGAACUUGUCAUCAUAAUAAAACUAAUUAAAAUGGUUGAAACAAUUCAAAUGAGAGUUGAAUGUCUAUAUUUACUAAAGGAAGGACAAAAUGAAAUUUAUGUAAAUAAUUGUCAACUUUUAAAACAACAUCAGAUAAAUGGAUUGAGAUUUCUUUUUAUGCUAUUUAAAAAGAACAAGCCAGGUGCAAUUGUAAAUUUUCCACGUCAUUGUGGCAAAUCCGUUACUGUUGCAUUAUUCUUAUAUGCAGUAAGAAAUAUAUUAGAGAAGCCUGUGUUAAUACUCUGUAAGAAUGAAAAUGAAAUGUGUAUAUGGAGAGAAAAUUUGUUAAAAUGGACUGAUUUUAAUAAUGAUGAUAUAAUAAUAGAAUCCUCAAAGGUAUUAAAAGGCAAAAAGAUCUUUAUCAAAAAUAUAGAUAACCUAGCAUCAUAUCAACAACACAGUUGGAGCAUUGUCAUAAUCAAAGAUGACUCAAUCAACAAGGAAAUAUCUCGGAUAUCUAAUGCUCAGUAUAAAAUAUGGAUUUCAUCUACUGAUAUGAAGAAGGAUCUUACUAUGAUGGCCUUUAUUUACGAUUGGCUGUAUCCAAAACUAAAGAUCAGUGUCAAGGAUUUUAUACCUAUUGGCAAUAACCCUAAAGAACAUUAUCUGAAGUCUAUAUAUCUAGAUACAUUUCUAGAGGAUUUUGCUAUAAGAGAAGAGAAUAUAAAACAAUUUGAUAAAACAAAGAAUUCUUUAACAUCAGAUUUAAUUACGAAUCAAAUAAAUGAAAAUAAAUCAAAGAAAACCAGAAAAAAUAAAGAUGACACAGGAACAAAAAUCAAAAGAUCGAGAAUAACUAUGGGCGAUGAUUUAAUGGAAAUGCCAAAUAAAAAUGAAUGUAUAGCAACCAUUCAUGAUACGAAAAAUAAAAACAUUGUGGUCAAUAAUGGUAAUGAACACAACGAAUUUAAAGUUAAUGAUACAUUAAUUAAAAAUUUAAGGAAUGAUAAAGUUAGAGAAUAUAAUAAACCUAACAUCGGUAACUCUAUUGAGUAUAGACAUAAUGCAAGUGAAGUUUUUACUGCAGACAUGGAAUAUGAUAUAAACACAACAAUGGAAAUAGAUUUUACUGAACCAAUGAGCUUCGGUAAUGCUAUUAAUGAAGUUGUUAAAAAUGAAAAUAAACAGGAGGAAAAUUCAACCAAACUAGCUAUAGAUUUAAAAAAUAAUCAGAUUGAUUUAGAAGUGGAAAUUAAAAAAGAUACUGUUGAAAAUACAGACAAGAAAGAAGAGGUUUUAGAUAAAUAUUUAAAUAUAUCACAGAGUAAACAAAACGUAAGUAAGGAAAAUUAUAAGGACAAUAUAGAAAAUGUAGGAACAACAGUAGAUGGAGAUAGGGCACAAUUAAACGAUUCUAUCCAAGGUCACAAAGACGUGGACACAAUGUUAUCAGAGUUAGAAGAGAGAACGCUGAAAAAAUUCAAAGGAUCGUUAUUAGAUAGCAUAUUUUAAUAAGUUCUUACUAAAUUAUAAAUCGAGUUAUAUAUUGAAAAAAUAUAUUUUAUUUCGCCAAUUUUAUACAUUUUUGUAUUAUUACUAUUAAUAGCUAUUUUAUAGUGGUAUAGAAGUAGCUUUAAGUGUUUUGUUUAUAAUAGUAUUCGUAUGAUUUGAGUUGUAUAAAUUAUUUUAUCUUGUCUUAAUCUAUCGCUUAAAUGUUACUAGCACAAUACUUAUUCAUGUCCGUAGCACAGAUAAUCUGUAUCGAAAUACACAAUGGAAAACUUAAAA